AUGUACGACAUUGUGCGGGAUUCAACACUUGGCUAUCUUCUUCGUCAAUUCAGUCGUGGCCGCCUUGCCCCUCAUCGUGAAUCUUUACCAGACUUUCUGCUAAGGACAGAGUACUGGCAGCCUGAAGAUGUCCAGAAGCAAGUCGACAAUCAUGAUAACAUUCCUGAACAUGGCGAUCUCCCCCAAGCACAUCAACCGAGCUGUGAAGUGGACGACUUUGACAGCGGUGGACAAAAGAGACGCAAUGGAUCACUUGACCCGGAAGCAGGACCAAACUACAACCAGAGGAAAGAAAUCAUUGUGUCCUGGUACGAGGACUCGGAUCCAGACGAUCCUCACAACUGGUCGCCUCUCAAGAAAGGCUACGUCUCCUUCGUUAUACUGUUGUAUACUUUCACUGUGUACAUUGGCACGUCGAUGUACACUGCAAGUAUUCCCGACAUCGUCAACAUGUACCACAUCCCUCAAGUCAUUGGCUCUCUUGGCUUGUCUUUGUACGUCCUUGGAUACGGAGUGGCGCCGCUCAUUCUGAGCCCACUCUCUGAGAUUCCAUCGAUCGGUCGAAACAUUCCUUACAUCAUCACCUUCUUCCUGUUGUUCAUCCUCUGUAUCCCAAUGGCUCUUGUCGACAAUAUUCCGGGGCUACUGGUCCUGCGAUUUCUGCUGGGAUUCUUUGGAUCACCUGCUCUCUCAACAGGUGGAGCAAGCUAUGGAGACUUUUACGGUGCAAAGAUCAUGCCUUAUGUGAUAACGUUCUGGGGAUGUGGAGCGACGCUUGGUCCAGCUCUCGGUCCUCUUGUAGGUGGGUUCUCAGUCCAGGCUAAGACGUGGCGAUGGUCCUCAUGGGAGCUUCUAUGGCUGUCCGGCUUCACUUUGUUCCUCAUGCUUUUAUCCCUGCCAGAGACAUCAUCCGACAACAUUUUGCUCCGUCGGGCUCAACGACUCCGAGCACGCACAGGAUGUCUUGACCUCAAAGCUGCGUCUGAAUUCAAACAAGCCAAACUAUCGCCUCGACAAGUUGUCUUCGAUGCCCUCAUCAAACCUUGGCAGAUCAACAUACUCGACCCGGCGGUUUUGUUCACCACGAUCUACACGGCAUUGAUAUACGGGAUAUACUAUUCCUUCUUCGAGGCCUUUCCACUCGUAUAUGGCGAUGAGUACGGGUUCAAUCUUGGCCAGAUUGGACUUGCAUUUCUCUCCGUGCUCGUGGGUUUGGUUCUCGCAAUGAUGUUGUACUGUUCAUACUUUUAUUUCUACGCGGACGCAAAGAUGGCGAGUAUGCAAGUUGUUCCACCUGAAGCGCGGCUGUGGCCUGGACUUGUCGCGACAUUCUUCAUCCCGGCUGGGUUGAUCAUCUUUGCUUGGACAGCACGGUCGAGUGUACACUGGAUCGUCAGCCUGAUUGGAGUGGGACUUAGUAUGAUGGGCGUCUUUGUCAUCACACAGUGCAUGUUUAUUUACUUGCCGUUUACGUACGCGCAGUAUUCGGGAUCUCUGUUCGCCGCCAACGGAUUUGCAAGGGCAUUGUUCGCGGCUGGGGCAAUCUCCUACGCGCGGCCCAUGUUUGAUACGCUUGGUAUAGACGGUGCAGUCAGCUUGCUUGCUGGAUUGACUGUGAUUUGUGUCUUUGGAAUGUACUUCAUCUACUUUUAUGGGGCCAGGUUGAGGAAAAGGAGUCGAUUUGCGGUAUCUUAGGAGGUAUGAGGAGGGCAGAGUCGGUCGGUCAUUAUUCGAUUACUUAGACCGCAAAGACUUGAGCCUAUGAACGUCUCUUGAGUAGGUGA